CACUGGUGGUUAUGCAAAUGAACAGGAAGAGUUUAUAAUUAAUUUGUGAGUGCAAACCCUCGUUCAUCUCUCAUCCUGUUCAAGACAUUUACUACAGCAGAGCUGGCAGGUGCAAAAACAGGAAGCCUCAUUUCAGUCUUCAAAGUCGACCUGACAGCAAUGAAACUCUUUCUGCUGUGUAUUUUUGGCUUCAGUUUAGCUAAAUGCCACGAGAAUCGAUAUGGAUUGAAAGGGAAAUCGAUCCGUCUGAGCAUCAGUCGUGGAAACCAUUCACAAGUUGUAUGGAGACGAAUCGGCAGGAAAGGGUUGAUUUCACGCUCAGAAAAAGUUGCACCUGUUUUCAGGGAAAAAAUAAGUUUAAACCCCUCAGAUUGGUCUUUGACCGUACACAACCUUCAGGAAAACGACACUGGACUGUACGAGGCCUUUACGGAGUGGGAGGAUAAAGCUCUGGCUGAGUUCAAUCUUACAGUGGAGAACACUCUCUCAGAGCCUGAAAUCGAAGUGAGUGCCCAUGAUGUAAAUUCGUCUGCCGGAGUGUGUCGGGCCGCGGUGAACUGCUCCGUCGAUGGCAGCUGGGCCUCGUACGACUGCGACCAGGGUGUGUGUGUGAGGACACAGGCGUCUCAAUCCUCCAUCAACAUCUCCGUCACCGAUCUGAAUCACAGCUUCUGGUGCCGCGUCAACAACCACGUCAGCAAGAAUCUUUCGCAGGCUCCCAACAUUAAGUGCCAUGAAAAACUGCAAAGUGAUUUGCUUCCUCCUCCAGACCUCAUCUCUUGGAUCGCCGCCACCGCUGGCGUCGUUGUUGUGUUGGGAUUGUUUAUGUGUUUGAUUGUAGUAGUUGUCAAGAAAAGAAAAACCUCAAAAGUUCACCCGCAGUCCAGUCAUGCUGUGACAGGUCGUGACAUGAACACAGUGAUUGAACAGCAUCAUGAAACGGUCUACAGCGCAGUGGAAAAGCCAGGCGCAUCCCAGAAUCCUCCAGGAAACAACAGUGAAACAACCAUCUAUGACACUCCAUCACGACAUCCCAGGGUCUGUCAAGUAAACAGUGUGACGGUAAUGAUAGAGAACCAGGAGCAACAGCCGUCUGGACACGACAGAACUGUUAAAGUAAGAGCUACAGUACACAAGGCAGAAGAACCCGAUUCAGAACAAAUCAACACUGUAUACUGCAAACUAGGAGAGAUAUGACACGCACGGAUACUGUACACGUCAGAGACGCCGCCGCAAUGGAGACUUUAACCACAGAAAAAGGAAAAACUGUGAAUUUUGUGUUUUUAAUACUGAAUAUGCAAUAAUACACUGUAUUCUACCUGCUAAUUUUAUUGAACCAGUAUGCAUUACACUCUUAAAAAUAAAGUUUCCAGUAGGGGGGGUUUGUAGCGAUUCAAUUCAUGAUUUCCAGUCACGUGACAGGGCAACACAUCCAGAAUAUGAAUGCAAUGUGUUAAAUGGUAUUUUCUGUAAAAUGGGUUUCUUUGGAUAUAUGCUCAAAAAGAAACGUGUUGUGUUGUGUUAAUAUUCUGGGUUUAUAUUCAUACUAUAAGACCUUAUGUAGCCCCGCCCCUUUUCAACGUUGCGCUCGUUGUCUUUUGACAUUUUGACAGCGAUCUUGCGUAGGUAAGAAUGAA